AUGUAUAAUUGUGGUAUAUCGGAUACAGAGUGUAGUUUAGAUGCUCCUUCAAAGAAUGAAGCCCAGGCCACAACAAUGAAGCUAACGUCUCUUGUCAGUGCAUUGGCAUUAGUGAACACAGUCACUGCAAUUGAAAAAGGUGCUGUCUUCAGAUUUGAUAAUGGGUGUAAUGAUGGAAAGGAUAAACAUAUAAAGACAAUCCCACAAACUGAUGCAACGUUGAAUCUAGCCUACGAUUUUGGCGUCUCACCAUUCUAUAACAUCGCCGAAGUCCAAGAUUUGGAGAAUGUCAUGCUAGGAAACAAGAAGGAAGAUGGCAAUGACUAUGAGAAGGAUAAGCUAAUUAUCAUUAUCAACGGUGUCGACAAACCAUCCAAAUUUUUAAAAGAAUAUGACGUAAAGCCCGUUUAUAAAGUCAAAUUCAAGGACGACAGACAAUCUUCAAAGUUCAAGUCAUUCUUACAGAAGGUUCCUGAGCAGCUCUCACAAUUGAAGGAAAAGGCCGGAUAUCAAAUGAGUAGCUUGUCCAACGAGAUUUCCAUUUUAAGCGAUUCAAAUAAGAAGGUGUCUUACUUGGAAUCUAUAUGGAACAAGUACUUUCAUUUUGAGGAAGACCACAAAUUACAAUCAAUGUGGAGGAAUGUCAAGGAAAGCAUUGCUCCUUCAAAUUCCGAAUCUAUUCUGAAAAUCAGCAUUGAUAAAAGAUCAUUGGACUUGAUUAAUGAUAGUUCUUUUAUUAACGAAAUCACCCAAUUAGACUUUUUCCUUAACGAAGAAUUGGAAAACAACGUUAAAGAAGGUAUUGUAAUUGUUAAUAUCGAUUCUCUAAUUUCUAUUUUCAAAAAGACAGGCUCAACUCAAACAUACGAAACAUGUAAGAAAAUUAUAUCCAAGUUAUUGGUUGAAAAACUGGAGAAGGUUGGUGAAACAGUAACGACUACAUUGGUUGUUUUACCGCUUGAUCAGUCAUUGAAGAGUGUCAAGUGUGAAAAGAAAUUGAAAUCACACCGUAAUCCUCAACACAAGGAACACCACAAGGAACACCACAAGGAACACCACAAAAAAGACAAGCCACAGCAUGGAGAGCGUAAAUCACACCAUAUAUCUCCUCAAAUGCUCAACAAGAGAUCCGAAGAAGACAUUUUUUCUGCAGAGAAGUUCCAAGGAGCAUGUUACAAGAACCAGUUAGAAUGCAUUGAAUCUACAGAAUCAUGUUCAGGACACGGAACUUGUACCUUAGUCGGAUCGUGUUACCAGUGUGAAUGUUUGCCAACAAGAGACGACAACAAGAGAACUACAUACUGGACCGGCGCAGCUUGUGAGAAGGUUGAUUACUCCUCCCAGUUCAAUCUUUUGUUUUGGACCAGUUUGGUCUUAUUAGUCACUAUCGUUGGAGGUAUCAAGUUACUUGUUUCCUGUGGCUCUGAGGAGUUGCCUGGUGUUCUCAAGGCGGCAACAGUUCAAACGAAAAAGGCCAUCUAA